AUGGCUACCAAAACUCCCUUCACCGUCAAAUGGGGUAUUCUAGCCACCGGUGGAAUUGCUGAGACCUUUUGCAGAGACUUGCUCUGCGACCCGGCCGUCCGCGAGGUCUACGAUGUCCGCCACGAGAUUUCCGCCGUGGCUUCGUCGAGCUCCGCCGACCGCGCGGCCAGCUUUGUCCAGAAGAUCAACGGCCCCUCCAGCACCAAGACGUACGGCUCCUACGCCGAGCUCGUCGCGGACCCGAACGUCGACAUCAUCUACGUCGCCACCCCGCACAGCCACCACUUCCAAAAUGCCAUGCUCGCCCUCGAAGCCGGCAAAAACGUCCUCUGCGAGAAGGCGCUCACCGUCACCGCGGCUCAGACCAAGAAGCUCGUCGCCAAGGCCCGGGAGAAGAACCUGUUCCUGAUGGAGGCCGUCUGGACGCGCUACUUUCCGCUGAGCGUCAAGAUCCGCGAGCUGAUUGCCUCUGGUACCAUUGGCAGAGUUCACCGUACCGUCGCUGAUUUGGCCUUUGCGGACGGCAAGGAUGACGGUUCCGUCACGUACCCUGACACCAACCGCAUGGUCAACUUGGAUCUCGCGGGUGGUGCCCUCCUCGACCUCGGCAUUUACGCUCUCACCUGGGUCUUCCAAACUCUGUACCACCUCCAGCAGGACAAGGAGUCGCCAAACGUCCUCGCCGCCAUCGACCAGUACCGCACCGGUGCCGACGAGACGACCAGCAUCAUCUGCCACUUUCCCCGGAACAAGAUGACCGGCAUCGCCACGACGUCGAUCAAGGUGGCCACCGACCCCGACAACCUCAACUCAGCCGGCCCCGCGAUCCGCAUCCAGGGCACCAAGGGUGAGAUCCAGGUCUUCGGUCCCGCUUUCCGUCCCACGCGGUACAAGGUCAUCCGCCAGGGCAGCGAUGGCAAUGUCGAGGUCGUCGACUGCCCCAUCCCCAAGGACCCCAAGGUCGACUACGGCCACGGCAUGUUCUGGGAGGCGGACGAGUGCGCCCGCUGUCUGCGCGACGGCCGCAAGGAGAGCGAGACCCUUCCUCUAAGCGAGAGCAUUGUCAUAAUGGAGACCAUGGACUCCGCCCUCCAGCAAGGAGGUGUCAAGUACCCAGAGCUCAUUGCUACUGACGUCUUUGAUCCCAAGAGCCCACUGAAUGCCGGUAACCGAUAA